CUCCUCGUCGCGCUCUAGCGUACCGUCCAGCCACAUGCAAGCAUAGCUAGACGCGAAGAAUACAAUUAUGAGGAAAAUACCCAUGUAGAACGUGAGGAAUUUCACGCGCCACGCACUGUCCAAGGGUCCACCAUGCAAAUGGCGCAGCAUAGCAGUUGCACAUAUCAGGAACAAACUGUAAACAACCCAUAUCCAGAAUAUAGUGAGAAACCCGAGGCCCUGAGCGAGGCCCUGAACAUAUUGUUUGAUGCGUAUUGUUCGUCGGUGACUGGUUUGCCUAUCCAGCACUGCUUGUUGUCUGUGUGCUUUUGCGAGGGCCUUCGGCGGUUUGGCCUCUGUUCUGGCUUUGCCUUGUUUCCUUUUGCGAGACAAUCGCGGGCGUGGGUUCGAGCUGUCCCCCUCGACACUCUCAUCGUCGGUACUGUCGUCGACAGUCUUCUCUUUGCCUUUGCCCUAGUAUUUUCCACUGCCAUUGCCACUGCCCUAGCCUUUCCCAUGACCUCUGCCGUUGCGUUUGCAGUUGCGGUUGCCUCUGCCUUUGGCUUUGUUCUUGCUUAUGCCUAUACACGCUGAAGCUGUCGUGACAUGGUACUGUGAAGACGUUAGCAUGCUUCUCGACUGGAAGCUCUCAUUGGGCCUCUCCGUGCGCUGAGAACUGUGACUCAAAUAGUUGUAGAAAUGCACGAUACUUUUCAAUCCGGAGUUGUGUCU